AUGGAGGUGGAAGAAGAUGAAAAGACAGGUCUUGGCAUUGGUAUGAAAAGACAGGUCUUGGUUCCCUGCAAGAUCUCUAGCAGCAUCAGCUCUGGAGAGAGACAAGAUGCUGGAGUGGUCCUGUCCAAAAUUCGUGUAGAAUUCGAGAGACAAAGUGCUGAAUCCAUGGAGAUCAAAUUCGAGAGACUAUGGCUGUUAAAGGAGAGAUUGAAUGCUAGAGAGCUGGACGGCAUGACUUCCGCCCAGCUGCGCCUACUUGAAGAUCAGAUAUACCAAGCAUUGCGAGGUUUGCAUGAGCAUAAGUUUUCACCUCGCCAAGAGCAAAUGUUAAAGAAACGCAAAGAGGUUAUGACGAGCUGA